AUGUCUGCCUAUCCAGAGCCUCUAGAAAGGAUCUUCCGCCAGGUCGAAGAAGAGACGGAGAGGCGUGCGGAAGAGGAAGCACGACGAAGGAACCCGGCGACGAUUGUGAUUUCGAGGUUGAGCCCUCAAGGUCCAGCAUCACCUAAAAGCUACGCGUCGAUUGCGGCCAGCUCAUCUUUCUACCAAGCGCAGAAUGAGAGCACGGGUUCGAUUGCAUCUGGUGCAUCGGCCUACUCGAACGACGAAGCCCACGAAGAGGAUCCAAGUCAGAUCAUCCAAGUACAGCAGAUUCCACCCAAAACCAACCCCCUGUCCAAAAUAAUCACCAGACGCCUCACUCGCUCUCGCUCGGCCUCGAUGAUUCGGAUUUCCAACGGCGACACCAAUAGCAGUAUUUCUGUCUCUGUGCAAGAGACCACAAUCCAUUCGUCCGCAACCAGCAUUGCCGACGACGAACCUGGGGAACCUUUGAGGCAAGUGACCGUGCAUGCGUCGAAGCCGGAAAAGAACGACUCCUCGAAAUCGUCGAGCAGUUCGAAGCCCUCUGGCCAGAAAUGGGUCACCCGAGCCCGUGGCUUCACUUUGAGGUUUUCACGGAAGGGGAAGGAGGGGGAACCUUCGCAAAACCAAUCAUAG